AUGGUGAGGUCAAGUGGAAACAGCAAUGGCCACCAUGAUCAUGAGCUCCAAGCAACAUCAGUACUUAACGUGACCAAAUUCAAGUGUGGAGGAUUUGCGCUAGGACUGGCCUUCAGUCACUUUGUGGCCGACGGAAUAUCAGCAGUCGAAUUCAUCAACUCGUGGGGGAAGACUGCCCGCGGGCUUCCAUUAUCAUUGCCACCAUUUCUCGAUCGAACCCUACUCCGAGCUCGAACUCCACUCAGAGUCGAACACCACCACUCCGAGUAUGACACGUUACCGAACAUAUCAUCUAACCUGAUCACCGGCGAGAAAGUAGUCUACCGCUAUAUUCGGUUCGACCAGGACAUGAUCUGUAAGAUCAAGCAAGAAUCAAUGGCUCCUUAUAGCGAUCGAAAUGGAAGGAUGAUCACCAACAACAAAUGUUCGUCCUACGAGGCGAUCACGGCUUUCUUGUGGAAGGCUCGAGCCAAGGCACUCGGGAUGUCGGGCGACCAGCUCAUGAGGGUGCUCGUGGUCGUGAACGUCAGGGACAAGUUCGAGCCUCGGCUGCCAAAAGGGUACUUUGGCAAUGCCAUAAAGUACACGGCCGCCACGUGCCAGGCACGUGACCUUGUGGAACAACCAUUAUCCUAUGUUGUUGGAUUAGUUCAAGAGGCGAUUCGUCGAGUGAAUGAUGAACAUUUAAGAUCUACGAUGGAUUAUAAUGAAACAAGAAGGGCAAUCCGUCCAUUAGGGUUUACAUAUAUUUCGAGCACGUGGUCAAGAUUGGCUUUUGGUUCAACCAAUUUUGGUUGGGGCGAGCCUAUCUCAACCGGUCCAGUGGAACUUCCUGUUUCCUUCCUCGUCAAGAGAAAGGGAAGAUGUGUAUGUACGCGUUCAUGGGGUUGCCUGUCUCUGUCAUGA